GGUACCAUCAUUAAUCAACCUUUGGCGGGGGGCUUUACUUGCUUCCCCGCCUUCGUCUCUUCCCGCAAGGAGCAUGAACGACGAUUGAUCAAGUUACCUUUCCAUCCUGUGCUCUGCCCUGCCCUGCGUGUGUUGUUUUGACCCUUUGCUGAAAUUAUUUCUGUCAAUAGUUGCAUCUCGACGAUGUAAAUCAAUUUUACUUUCAACACUCCCCUCCUACUCCUACUCCUUUCUCCUCUUUGACGACAUUGAGUCGAGAACCAAUACUCGCUUCAUUUGAUUCGAUGACGAAACCAGCAGCCGUCAAUCACGAUACCGCCCAUGAUCCCCUCGCGCCGCGGCUCUAGCAGCAGUUAAACAUGGUACUGAGUCAAAGUGCCCGAAGGCAACAAAGACCGUGCUUUAUAGAGCAGCGGGUGCCAAGCAACAUGGCAGCAACAUGGCCAAGGAUUAUAUCCAAGGUAUCACUAAGCCUGCUAUGCUACGCUUGGUCUUGCUCGUCUUUCCGGCGUCAAACACAUCUCCGCCAUGAUGCAUGACAACACACGGUCCGCGCUU